UGAAAGAAGCUGGAAGAGACUUUACCUAUUUUAUUGUGGUGCUUGUUGGAAUUGGUGUUACAGGUGGUUUGUUCUAUGUGAUUUUUAAAGAGCUAUUCUCUUCUUCUAGUCCAAGUAAGAUCUAUGGAGAUGCCUUGGAGAAAUGCAGAUCUCACCCUGAGAUAAUUGGUGUUUUUGGUGAACCUAUUAAAGGUUAUGGGGAGGCAACAAGAAGAGGAAGACGACAGCUUGUCAGUCACAUUGAAUAUGUAAAGGAUGGACUGAAACAUAUGCGUUUGAAGUUCUAUAUUGAGGGCUCUGAACCAGGGAAGCGGGGAACAGUCCAUGUGGAAGUCAAAGAGAAUCCCGAGAGUGGAAGAUUUGAGGUCCGCUACAUAUUUGUGGAUGUUGACACGUAUCCUAGAAGAACCGUUGUCAUAGAAGACAACAGAUAG